CAGCGAAGCACACAACUUCUUUGGUAUCUAUAAACUUAGGUAAGUGGUCUUGCUACGCUGGACAAGUCUACAAUUUUCUAGGCCAAGGUAGACGGAUCCGUUCAUGACAACGCAAGAACGAGAUCCGCUGUUGUCCCGCAGCAACAACGAGCGUCUCGCACUGCAAGUUGAAGUUUCCGACGACCGCCAACCAAUGCAACAACCUCUAGGCGAGUUCAUGCCGCUGCAUGCCGAAGCUGCAUUUGCGACGCCGCAGGACCGUGACAAAGACGGAGAAAACGAAACAAAGACCGAAGACAAUGAAGAUGGCAAUGAGGACAACAACGCACCCCAUCAAAAGCAGAAAAAGCGUGUCCGGUAUCUGUGCGAUGCCGACCGCCACACUAUCAUCAAACGCAUUGAAAAGGGAGAGAAACAGGCAGAUCUGGCACGUGAAUAUGGCGUCACCCGGGCAGCUAUUUGCCACAUUAACAAGAACCGCGAGGAGAUCACCUCGCGCUACGAUUCGCUCAUCAGACAGGCGCAGGAAAUCCAUCGGAGCGAGAGCUUUGCCGACCCACCGGAAGAGAAUUCGAUGGUCCGAGAGAUCCGAUCCAGCUCCGUACUACUGCUCAUGACGACACUACGUGACAGACGAUCAGGGCCGCAGACUUUCCGUCGUGCCGCUGGGAGGCUCAUAAUGUUGUUGCUGGAGGAAGCACUCUCGGUCAUUGGCUUACAUGCAAUCGAAAUGACUACAACUACAGGCCACGUGACGUAUGGGUUGGAGCGGACAGACGAAUUUUGCGGUGUAGCCAUCGGUGCCGCAGGUUUCCCGUUCCUUGUGUUAUUUCACCAGAUGGAGCCUGACGCGUCGCAAGGUUCCAUUCACGUAGAAGAGGAGACAAAUGGGCAAGGAGCGAGUGUCGUUAGCUUGAGUCACGUAGACUUGCCGAGUGACAUCGCUCGGUACAGAGUGUUGCUCUUCAGCUCGACAGUCAACAAGGGCGAAGCUGAGUGCAAAGCUAUCGAGGCGCUCCUAAACCUGGGCGUUGAGGAAGAUCGAAUCACGCUGGUAAUCAUAUUGUGCUCUAAGGACAGCCUCGAAGUUAUCUGCAACCGCUUCCCAGGAGUACGGAUAAUCACGAGCGGAAUCGACUGCAAGGUCGAUCCGGAGACACACGCGAUUGUCCCAGGUCUUGGUGACUUCGUUGAAGUUGUUGGAGCGACUAUUCGACUGGUGAAAGAUACGACGAUGGACUCGAUUGUGCUGCUGCAAGCUGUCGCGGGUGUGGCACGCACUGUUCGAUCGCUGUACGGUCCUAAUAAGCUGCGCAAGCAGGUCACAGAUGAGCUGGAUCAGACGUUGUUCUCUGCAGACGCGUAUACUGUGGCGAGCGCACUGCAGAGUCAGAAUGCAGGCACCGCCAUCCUGCAGCAAGCGCUGGAUGAGCAGCGGAAAGAGUUCGGCACGUGGCGUUAUCCAGCUUGCACUGUCUUCGGUCGAGAAAUGCUGUUUAACGACCGCCAAGCACUUGCGAAUUCCUCUUACUGA